AGAACCUUAUUCAAUCUUGUCAACUAAGAAAGAGUUAUUUCUGUUAAACCAGCGAAGACACCAAGGAAGAAAAAACACACAAAACUUAAACCCAAAAAUAGCAAAAUAAGGUAACAAAAUGGGGUUGCAAUGGAUGAUAUUGACAUACGUGGUAGCAGCAGAAGCAGCCAUAGCUAUUCUCCUGACAUUACCAUCUCCCAAAGCUCUAAAAUCACGUUUCGUUUCUCUAAUUUCACUCGCCCUUCAACCUUCUCUUUUCAUUGUUCCUUUCUCUGCUUUUCAGCUCCUCGAUAUUUAUUGGAAAAAUGAGCAUCGUUUGAUGUGUACGGGUGAGAUUUGCACUGCUUCUGAGAGAGACCGCUACGACAAGUCGAUCUUCAAGGCUCAAAGAAAUGCUAUCUUAUGUCUGGCAGCAUGCUUUCUCUACUGGUGUAUCUAUCGUGUUUGCAAGUACUACAAGGAGAUUCAGAGCAUUGAGGAAGUAGAAAAAAGAUACAAAAACCAGUAGCUUUUCUAUCUAUGCCCCACUCAUUAUUCAAGGCUAGUUGUAGCUAAAUCGGAGCCUCGUAACGUUUAGACAAUGUAGUGUAAUGUGUUAUAUGAGUCGAGUUUGCUUUUUCUCGUUUGCUCAAUAAAACAGAACAUACCUGUAAUUGGUUUCUGCCAUCACACCUAUAUGUAUUCAAGUAUGUCGUCAGUUCUCUCUUAUGUAAAUUCAGGACAUAAACUACAAGACUUUGUAAAGUUGGCUGGAGUGCUAGAAUUCAUGUUUUCAUGAAUAUCAAUAAUAUUCAAUUAAUACGAAUUAAUUUACUA